AUGCCGGACCCAGGCCCUGGCGGGUACGCCAGGGAAGACCUAACCAUUCUCUCAUAUAAUGUACACGGCUUAAACGUCAGAGAAAAACGCACAAGACUUCUGCGGGAUCUGAAACACUAUAGGGCGUCAAUAGCGUUUCUCCAAGAAACGCACUUUCAAGAAGGCAGAGCACCGGCACUGCGAGAUCGCAAUUUUAGAACGGGAUAUUUUAGCAACAACCCGGACAGACGCACGCUGGGAGUAGGUAUCAUAUUCUCCAGCAGAACCCCAUACACGGAACAAGCCACAGUAAGAUGCAAACAGGGCAGGUAUAUCUUCACUAAAGGCACGAUCCUCGAACAAACCUACACGUUCGCCAAUAUAUACGCCCCGAACACGAAACAAUUCCCUUUCCUUCGGAACGCACUGAACACCCUGAUGAAGUUCGCAGAAGGCACUCUGAUCGUGGGGGGAGAUUUGAACCUGACUAUGCACCCAGACCAAGACUCCACAUCGGCACUCGGCAGAACCCCGCAUAAUCGACACGCGAACACACUCCGUCUACUGCACCAACACCAAUUGGCGGAUUGCUGGAGAGCGCUGAACCCAACAACGCGGGACUACACGUUUUACUCACAAACCCAUGCAACAUACACGAGGCUAGACUACUUCUUACUAGCACACCACGAUUUGGCCCUACUCAAGGCGGCAGACAUACUGCCGAUGACGUGGUCGGACCAUUGCCCGAUCCGCAUACGGAUGACAUCACCGUUAUUUAAACCCAGACAGAUGUCCUGGAGACUGAACGAAUCAAUCCUAUCGGAUGUGACAGUGGCUGAUAAAAUAGGCCAAACCAUACGAGACUACUUCCAAGAUAAUGAAACGGAGGACGUGACACCAAUGACAUGCUGGGAAGCACACAAGACGGUAACAAGAGGCCAGAUUAUAGCAAUAUGCGCGAACCGCAAAAAGACGGCGGUACGGGAAAUAACCAGGCUGAGCAGCGAAAUUGCGACCCUGGAAGCCAGACAUAAAAGAACCUUAGAAACAACAAUAUACAGAGAGCUAACAGAUAAACGCAACCAGCUCACAGCGCACCUUAACAGGAGGAUCCAACGCGCAUACGAACACUACAGACACAUGAUACAUGAACACGGAGACAAGUGCGGGAGACUGCUGGCGAACCUCCUGAGGCAACGUAAGACACAAUUGUAUAUACCGAAAAUAAAAAACGCACAGCAGCAAAUCAGACACCUCCCAGACCAAAUAGCAACGGAGUUCCAACGAUACUACCAGGACCUUUACCACCUCCGCAAGGAAGCACAGGACGACCAGAGACAUCAGAAAACGGCAGACAUACGCCAGUACCUGAACUCAGCAAACAUACCAGAUAUAACGGGAGCAGAGAAAGACGCGCUAGAAGCACCUAUAACACCCGAAGAGUUGGCAUACGCCAUCAAGAAAGCUAAAAUGGGGAAGGCACCGGGGCCGGAUGGACUGCCCCUCCAAUACUACAAGGUCUUCACGCAAGAGCUUCAGCCGAAACUACUUAAAGCCCUGAACUCCAUACAGGACGGAGCUGCACCUACGGCCCAGUUCACCUCAGCAAACAUUACCCUGCUACCAAAGGAGGGCAAAGACCCGACAUUGUGCCCAAACUACCGCCCGAUUUCGGUACUCAAUACAGACAUCAAACUUCUGGCAAGCAUCCUGGCAGCGAGACUAGCGCCGCUGCUGCCAGGCUUAAUACACCUGGACCAAACAGGGUUUAUCCCGGGCAGAGAGGUGCGUGACAACACCAUCAGAGCCCUGAACAUCAUCGCACACGCUAGAGCACUCGGGACACAGACCCUCCUCCUGUCCACAGACGCGGAAAAGGCGUUCGACAGGGUGGACUGGGAUAUGAUGUUCGAGACCCUCCAAGCCUACGGGAUGGGACCUCACUACCUUACAUGGGUACGGGCCCUCUACACCAGCCCGACGGCACGAAUCCGGAUAAACGGGGCACUGACGGACCCGUUCCAGAUAUACAAUGGAACCAGACAGGGGUCACUCUCUCCCCUAAUCUUCGCGUUGACGCUGGAGCCGUUUCUGCGGAGGAUCAGACAGAACGUAAACAUACAGGGCCUCACAGUUGGACAGGUACAACACAAAACACUAGCAUAUGCGGACGACCUGCUGUUCGUGGUCACACGUCCAGAGACCACCUUACAGGAGAUACAGGCAGAAUUUAAAGAAUAUGGGCUGAUCUCCAACCUCCAGAUAAACUACGCUAAGUCGGAGAUCCUCAACCUCACCAUAGAUCAAGCCCACAAACGGACACUUCAAAGACUGCACCCAUACCGCUGGUGCGACCUCCGUAUGCGGUACCUAGGGGUGUGGCUCACUCCCACCCCGGGAGACCUAUACAUCCACAACUACCUCCCUAUACUUAAAAAAGCAACGGAGGAACUAAAUAAAUGGAGCUCCCUCUACGCAUCAUGGCUAGGAAGAGUAAACGCCGUAAAGAUGACGCUACUACCGAAACUUCUCUUCGUGUUCCAAACGGUGCCAAUUCUAGUCCCACAAGCCUUCUUUAAGACGAUACAGGCGGAGGUCCGCAAGUUCGUAUGGAAGGGCAAAUCCCCACGCAUAGCACACGCUCAACUAACCCUGCCUAAACUCCGAGGAGGCCUGGCGCUCCCUGAUUUCGAAAAGUACUACCAGGCAGCGCACCUCACCAGAAUAGUCAGCUGGUCGGUUGCCAGCGGAACGAAACCAUGGACCCAGCUAGAAUCCGACAUCACGAACGGUGACCUUCGCACGCUACCGUGGAUACCCAGAGCCACUUACAAACAUAAACAUAUCACCAACCCAUUCGUGGCGGCGACCAUGAAUGUAUGGCACAGGGAAGGCACGAAGCAAUACCUCACGACGGAUCCAGGCCCGCUACUGCCGUUGAGAGGAAACCCAGACUUCCCAGCAGGAGACCACGGCCCCAUGCCAGGCCCGAGGGGACGCACAACGACUCCUCGCAUGUUGGAUGUCCUCCAACGCCCAUUUGAAGUCCGCGGCGUCACAGACCUCUUUCCUGAUCGAACGCUCACCUUUGCACACACACUGGCGAGAGCACAAAUAGUAGGGUAUGCUCGGUCUAUCCCGCAAAAACCAUCACUACUGAGAGACCCCACACAAUUCGAACUACUCUGUACGCAAGAAACCGAAACCCCACGUGCCAUUUCACAGAUAUACGCAAUGCUGGUUACAGGAAGGUAUAUACUGGCACCCCCUUGCAUGAGAAACUGGGAGGAAGACCUGGAAGAACCCAUGACAGAAGCAGCCUGGGACAAAAACAUCACCCUGAUACAAAAAACACCUAGCUCGGCAAGGCUGCAAGAAAACUCAUACAAAAUAUACACCAGGUGGUACCUGACACCGACGGCGAUCCACGCCAGGAAUCCGGAAGCCACAGACUCCUGUUGGAGAUGUGGAAAAGAGAGAGGAACAUUCAUACACACCUGGUGGACGUGCUCCCGACUCCGACCAUUCUGGAACACGAUCAGAGAGGUAAUACAUGAAGUAACGGACGAAAUGCUCCCGAGUUCCCCAGCAACGUUCCUCCUACACCACACGGAGAUGUCUAUACCGACAUACAGUAAAUCUGUCAUCCCACGACUACUAAACGCAGCCAAAGCAACGGUCCCAAUAUACUGGAAGCAGGCCACCACACCCUCCAUCGCAAGAUGGGUGGAAGAGGUGGAAGCAACUAGGAAAUUCGAAGACGUGAAGGCAACUACCCCGAACCUUAGAGAUCGCUACACCAAACGCUGGUUUCACUGGCUCAGACUAACCACCACUGACGCUUUCCGUAACCGCAUGGUGACGCAGUAGACGAAGGAGGAGAGUAUUAAGCCAAAAUAAAUACGGCACGAAUAUGAGAAGCUGGGGACCGACGAACCGAGACGGCGACAGGGGUCGGAAACACCCACCAUCACCAACCCACAACACCCACAUGCACAUACACAACACACAACUUGCCGACACAUAUAGUCGCACACCCAAAGGACAACAGGAGGCGGGACAAUGAGCAGGUCAGUCGGGAACAUACACAAGUAAACACACAACACAUACGAGCAACAGCAUGCCAAGACUUUAAACUACACAACCUGAACCAAGACCCACUACAAACACACGGACAGCCAAGACAUAGAACAAACGGCCACUGCAGUCAGAUAAUAACAGACGAGAGUUGCGAAACCACAUGAUCUGAGAGCCACACACAUCCACAACCCAAACACAGACCUUGGCGAUCUAACCCAAAACCCACAGAACAACACCACAUCCACGCACACAGGUGAACCCACCUCAACGCGACGACACCAAGACACACAGACAGUGACUCAGACACACAAACCGGAACCACAAAGACGCAACAAUAGAGGCAGACACACAGAGCUCCAGAAUAAAGCAACACUACAUAGACAUAACCAUGGAAACACGCAAUAGAGGUGACACAGACUUACCGCAGAAGGCUUCACCAUCACCAGUAGAGGGGAAGGACACGAAACACACAAAACAAAUACAACCCCAAUAUGCACGAGCGGGUAGCCACGAGACACACUAGAACUCAGGGCUACAGACAAAAGAUCAGAACGCGUAAACACCAACUCACUUUCGCAAGAUGGGCCUUCACUGCAGUUUACGGCAACAGGGAUAAAUACGCAAACACAGGCAUCUCAGAAGAAAACAGUGUAUCAUUAACGAACCACACUAACACCAUUUAAUGAGCCGAUAGCUGAACACAUGAUACUAACUGCCACCCCAAAUAGCCACCACAUACCUGACGAAAACGCCCUAACAACGCAAUACCAAGCAAGCUCACCACCUUUUGCAUGUCUAGCCCUGCAAGGCUUAUAAAUGUCUAAUAUUAGUCAUUGCAUGUUUAUAUUGACUUAUACGCCUCUGCGCAGGCAACUAUGUGUUACUCUGAGUUAACUGGAAUAUGUCGGCCUCACAUUAUAUACACUUUCAACGUGCACGCCUCUGCGUAGGCAAUUAUAUGCAUGAAUGUUACCAAGUUCAACACCCGUGUUUAUAUUGCUGACAAUAAACAUAUUUAAAACAAAAUAACUGUAUGAGAUACCAAAAUUUUUACAAACCCAAAAAUAAUUAUGUAUACAACGAAAAAAAAAAGCAUACCAGACCUAGUGAAAAGAAGGACAAGAGUCAACCAAUAAGCCCCCAACGUUUCGGCAAAAUGCCUUUAUCAAGGGAGCGUCCCUUUAAGAUUUUUAAACUCAGAUUAUUCAUACAAAACUGAAACAAUUUCUAAAAAAUAAUACCAAGGUGACAAAAUUUUUUUAUUUAUUUUUAUUUAUUAUUCUUAUGUAUUCUCCUAUAAAAUUGUUCUUCAUUUAUUUAAUGUAGUUGUAAGCAGAAAAUGAAAGUCAUAAUUUUCUCAGUAUUAAAAUAACAGAUGUAUUCAUGCUUCCUGUGUCUCCAUUCAUAUAUCACAGCAAUAAUGUAUACAUUCUGCCCAAUAUGUUAUUUUAUUAUUAAAUUAUUUCACCCUUUGAAUUUAAAACACUGAAAAUGUGGGAGGCCAUAUUUCUGCUCCAGUUUCUGAAAGAGGUGUUUCACAGGUCACGGUUUGGCAGAUAUUUCUAAGCAGAGAAUUAUUGAUAGAAACGCAGAGUACAAUGUAAGUCGCUUGAUGCUAAAGAAAUGUCACGGCUUCUGAACCCGCGCUGACCAUAAGAGAACGUGGAUUCUGAGCCACGACAAAGGAGUAUACAAAUAAGAAAUAAAAGAACGAAGAAAUGCAUAACAGCAGGUAAAACUACAUCAGUGUCUUUGUGUCUUUUGUUUAUUUAUUUUAUAAAGGACUAAAAUUUAAUCAAAGUAGUCCUGUCAAUUUGCAGAGGUUUUCUUGUUCUUAUAUUAUUGUAUAUAUAUAUUUUUUUAAUUCACUUUAUUUGAAUCCUUAAGAAAAAGGAUUUGGCAAUCUUUGGCAAUGGGCAGAACUGAAGCUAAGUUCACUUUUAGUUGCCAUGGUAAUCCAACAAUCACAAGAAUACAACAGAAGAACAUCAUGGACAGAGACGAAAAAAUGAUGGAGGUCUGAUACUGAAAAUAGAUAUAGAAAUACAUGUAAUUAAGAUAAAUCAAUACGUACAAAACUUAACAAAGAAAAAAAAAUAAUAAUAAUAAUUAACCUAUUCUCCUAAAAAUACAAAAAAAAAAUUAAAACUAUUGAGAGCUGAUCAUUGGGUAGGGUUGCUGGCAUAGCAGUCCUCCUAUUAUAUGUUAGGAAGAAGUAGGGUCAAUGACAUUGCUUCUGCUUUGUAAGUCUUCUAGAGUAUUGAAAGAAGGGGCAGUGAUUGCUGCUUAUUAUUGAUUUGUUUUUGGGGCAGCCCAGGUAUGGUUUUAAUAUUUUUGUUUUAGCUGGUGGUCUGCAAAUAGAUUUCCCCAGUUAUCAAGCUGCCAAAAUGUAAUACUCUGAAAAAAAAACUAAAGUCGGAACUGUAAUAAAUAAACAAUUAAUUUGGUAAAAUUAUUCUGCGCAAAUUGUAAUAGAUUCUAAAGGGUUUAGUCACUGAUUUGUUGGAACUAUGUAUAUGUGUAAGACUACUCUCAAAUACACAUUUGAAAAAGUCCUUUUGUGACGAAACGCGUUAUGGAUAUUUGAAUAUUGUGUUUUUUAUAUAUAUAUUAAAGUAUUAUUGGUCAUUCAUUUGUGCCAAUUAUCUUUUUUAUAGACACAUACUUUUCUCUUUUACCCUGGCCCUUUUAUUGUUAUUUUAAUUUUUUAACUGGUUUUAAAAGAAACCUUAAAAAUUUCUGGAAGUUUCCUGUACCCAAAGAAAUCCGUAAGGUGGGGAUCAAUCCACCCAAGCUAUCAUCAAAGAGCAGUACGUCUGCUCUUACUUUGUAAGUACAUUUCUUUUAUUUUUUUACUACUAUCUGCCAUACAGUGAGCACUAUUGGUUGUUUUGUUUUAUUCCGAGAAUUGGAUACCACUCACGGAAAGGAACCUGCCCUAUAUCCCAUAAGCGGGGAUUAAACCGCUGUACGCGCUUCACUCCAGAGCUGGACAUUAGCUCUGAUAAAUGUGAGUUUUAUAUCAUUACUCUUACUUCUAGAUUCGAAUUUUACAUACUACACCAUUGGUUGUCCCUUUUUUUCUCUUUUUAUCUUUUAUUAAGUGAAAUCACCAUAAUAAAUAGAAGACCUCAUCAAUCAAGGACACCAGUAAGAACUAACUAAUUGGACUUUCCUUAUUUUACUUACAUUGGACUUUAUUUUAUGUGCGCAGCCUUUUAUUGUUUUUAUUGUACUCUCAAAUACACGUUAGGAAAACCAACAAAAACAGUCAUUUCUGUGUUAUAUAAUAUUAAUACCGUAUAUGUUUUAUAAUAUUUCAGAGUUUAGAUUGUUGCGUUUUUGGUCCAAUAGCAUUGUGUGACUCUGAAUGGUUCAUGGUCAAACUCUAGAAGAAAAAUACAACAUGUUUUUAAACUAUACGUAUGAUGUGUAUAAUGUUGUAAUGUAGAAAUAAAAAAGUUUAAAAAUUAUUGUAAUAUAUUGUUAGUUUAAUGUUUUUUUUUCCCUUUGAAUAACAAAUUUGAACCAAAUAACAAGUGUCUAUAAUUCCUAGAUCCAAAGAGCUGCCUUAAUUUUCCCUUUUUCAUACAGAAGGAAAGCCGCCUGUUUGAAAAACCACAUCGUCCUGGUUAUACUCUCUUCUGCGUCUGUUUCAUUAGAGCUUUUAAGCAAAGAAUGGAAGUGGCUUCUUGUGAUAUUUACGUUUGAUGUGGGUGAUCUCGCGUCAUUUGGUUCCCUUGGAGGAGGUACAGAACCGGAAAUAAGUCAGACAGAAUAUUAA